AUGCCUAUCCAUAGAAUUGCAGUUGGAACACCUAGAGAGGCAAGCCACCCAGAUGCACUUAGGGCUGCAUUGGCAGAGUUCAUCUCUAUGCUUAUUUUCGUUUUUGCCGGUUCAGGAUCUGGCAUGGCUUUCAACAAGUUGACCGACAAUGCUUCGAACACACCUUCUGGCCUAAUAGCUGCCGCACUGGCUCAUGCAUUUGCUCUCUUCGUGGCUGUUUCGGUUGGUGCUAACAUUUCUGGAGGUCAUGUGAAUCCUGCUGUGACCUUUGGUGCACUUCUUGGAGGAAACAUCACCCUAUUGAGGAGCAUUCUGUAUUGGAUUGCACAGUUGCUUGGAUCUGUUGUGGCUUGCUUGCUACUUAAAUUCUCCACUGGUGGAUGGGAAACACCAGCUUUUGGAUUAUCAUCUGGGGUGGGCGCAUGGAACGCGGUAGUGUUUGAGAUUGUGAUGACCUUUGGACUAGUCUACACUGUGUAUGCCACAGCAGUGGAUCCAAAGAAGGGAAAUGUGGGCAUUAUUGCACCUAUUGCAAUUGGUUUCAUUGUUGGUGCCAACAUCUUAGCUGGUGGUGCUUUUGAUGGUGCAUCCAUGAACCCAGCAGUCUCUUUUGGUCCUGCUGUUGUGAGCUGGACUUGGACUAACCACUGGGUUUACUGGCUUGGGCCAUUCAUUGGUGCUGCCAUUGCUGCCCUUGUCUAUGAUAACAUCUUCAUUGCUAGUGGUGGACAUGAGCCACUUCCCACCAAUGAUUUUUAA